ACGAGAUACUAAAAUUCGUACGAUUGAUAAAUUUUAUCAGACUUUUUUAAAGAUCUGAGUUGUCUAUUUUGUAUUAUUCAUCUCAGUUACAAUGAGUGCACUAUUUGUGAUAUUAUUGUUUUUAGUUUCUAGCUUUGCCACGUCAUCGCCGGUAACAGAAUCGGAUCGAUCAAAUCGUAUUGUAAAUGGCUUUAUAAUUGAUAUAAGCGAAGUCCCAUAUCACGCGGCUGUACGGCGAAAAUCCAGUGCGGGUUGGAGUUACACAUGUGGAGCCGCCGUUAUAACAACCAGAGCAGCGCUUACAGCAGGACAUUGUGUUAAAACGAUAGAGUACGAUCCAUCGUCACUUAGGAUUACGGUUGGGAGCUCUAACAGACUGUCCGGAGGCGAUACAUACGAAAUAUCCAAAGUUUAUGUUCAUGAGGAAUAUUCAGUAAUUACACUAGAACAUGACAUAGCAAUGCUUGUGACGGCCACUAAAAUAAGUUUCGGAAAUAAUGUCGACGCAGUAUUCAUCGCCGAACCCAAUUUUAAUAUUCCAAUUGGAAAAAGUGCAUUAGUAUCAGGAUUUGGAGUGACAUCGUAUGGUGGCUUACCAUCUUCUACGCUACUUGCUGCCAACGUGGAUAUCGUCUCCCAAGAAGCGUGUUCGCGCGCCUACCGUAUGAUCGCUAGAAUUUCAUCAGGAAUGAUUUGCGCUUCUGCAAAUAACCCCCCAAGAGACGCAUGUCAAGGCGAUUCUGGCGGGCCUUUAGUGGUUGAUAAGAGCUUGAUUGGUAUUGUAUCAUGGGGUGAAGAAUGCGCCAACAGUACCUAUCCCGGUGUAUACACUCGAGUAUCUAAUUAUUAUGCGUGGAUAAUCACCAAAUUAGUAUUGAUAUAAAUAUUAAUUUGUACAGUAAAUAUUAUACGUACAUAAGUAAUAUAGGAAGCUUACAGGUCGUGAGGCUUUUGUCUCGAUAGGUGUCACUAACUCA